AUGCAUUUCGCCAAUUCAAUCAAAUUGGAAGUACCGGAGUACUUCCAUCAUCCGAUCUACCAUUUCCAGCAGCCCAUCAUCUACCAGACGCCACCGUACGAAACGAACGACGUCGUCGCCGCCUCCACAGACGUCUGCCACGGAUUCGAUCGCAUCAUCUGUCCAACGACGACAACGUUCGCAUUCGAUAAGCUGCGAGAAGAACCUUCUGCUUCCGCUGUUAUUGGCGGUGGAAGCGACGACGGCGAUGCUGUCGCACGAUACUGCGAUCCUGCCGUAUUCAGAAACUACUUCGAUCACAACUCGAACGUUCCGGAUGACACCGAAAUUUUGCCGGCACGAAACAACGAUUGGGAUGAGCGAAGAAGGCGACAGCAACAACAACAAGAACAUAGUCAUCAUCAUCAUCAUCAUGAGCAGCAGCAGCAGCAUCAAAAUGCGAAUGCGUCGGAACCAGGAGGAAAACCGAGGAAAGAGCGCACGGCCUUCACCAAGAACCAGAUCCGCGAGCUGGAGAACGAAUUCGGACACUCCAACUACUUGACCAGACUCCGGAGGUACGAGAUCGCAGUUGCCUUGGACCUCACCGAAAGACAGGUCAAAGUCUGGUUUCAGAAUCGCAGAAUGAAAUGGAAGAGAACCAAAUCCGGAGAAAAAUCGACGCCCGCCAAGAAAUAA